CGUUUCUAAGCAGAGAGGAGACCAACAUGCAAACUAUUUGAUCUUAUGAGCCUGGAUCUGUAGUUGGGUUCCACAUUGUCGAUGGCUAUCGCCCAGUGAGAAUACAAGAUCCAAGAGUUGCACGCCCAACACCAAACAGCUUUGUAUUUCUUUGUGUUUAACCAGCAAUGAAGAGCUUUUUUCAAUUAGGCAUUACAUUAAUGACGCAAGUAAAAAGUGUAUUGGAGACUUCACGAUUAAAGUUGAUGGCCAGACCACUGAGCAUUAUCAAAGGCAGAUUUUGAUACCCUCAAAAAAUAGGCUGCUAGAAAUGCAUUCCUAUAGAGUGCAAAUGCAUUCCUGAAACUGCAUCCUCCGGUACUGCAGGAACGUAGGAUAGGCUAGCCUACUGAGUGACAGGUCAUCACAAUUUUCGAUAACUCGAUACAUCCUAUGUUUCGGCAUGAUUAUGGUCACAGGGCAACGGUUCGUGAACCAUUGAAGAGCAGAACGUACGUAGGCAACAACGUAUUUGUUUUAGGAAAGCAUAAUCACCAGCUGAAUGUGACUUCCAUAACAUGGGCGGGGCUGUGACACUUUAAGGCAUAUACAUAUUUAUUGUUAUUGCGAUAAACAGCAUGCAGAAAACAACGAAUCAUGCAACACAUGCAAACCCCUGCAAAAGAUAAACAUUAAUAAACCGGUACACGUCACUAAUAAGGAGUUGCGCUCCAGUGACGUAUGCUCCGUCUGCAGCCUUGGAGCCCAGCGCAGGUCAUCCCCGCGUCCGGUCGAGAGCAACAACAUUCCCGCUGGGUGGUUCUGGUUGACGGCUCGCUAAAAGGAUGAGUGGAUGCGCUUCAUGAAUCAUGAAUGCGGCAAUUAUGUCAUUGAGCUUCCGCUGAUAGGGCCUACGCUUGAAAAUGCCCUGUGUGAUCGAAGAUGGCGGAGUCGGAUGGUGGGGAUUUUACCUCGAAUCAUCCACAGAACAGUAUGGCUGACAAGCACAGCGUGCUGCGCUGCACCUUCUCCGCCCCGACCCACAGCGCCCUGCUGCUGCAGGGCCUGGCCGCCCUCCGGACCCGGGGCCAGCUGCUGGACGUGGUGCUGGCCGUCAACGAGGAGCGCUUCCAGGUGCACAAGGCCGUGCUGGCCUCCUGCAGCGACUACUUCCGAGCAAUGUUCACUGGAGGCAUGAGGGAAUCGAACCAGGACACCAUUGAGCUCCAGGGCCUGUCCGCCCGGGGGCUCAAGCACAUCAUCGACUUCGCCUACAGCUCGGAGGUCACCCUGGACCUGGACUGCAUCCAGGACGUCCUGGGGGCGGCUGUGUUCCUGCAGAUGGUCCCCGUGGUGGAGCUCUGCGAGGAGUACCUCAAGUCGGCCAUGAGCGUGGAGACGUGCCUGAACAUCGGCCAGAUGGCCAGCUCCUUCAACCUGGCCUCGCUCAAGGAGUCGGUGGACGCCUUCACCUUUCGCCACUUCCUGCAGAUCGCCGCCGAGGACGACUUCCUGCACAUCCCCCUCGAGCGGCUGGUCUUCUUCCUGCGCAGCAACAAGCUGCGGAACUGCAACGAGAUCGACCUCUUCCACGCCGCCAUCCGCUGGCUGGAGCACGACGAGGCCCGCCGCGCCCGGGCCGCCGCCGUGCUGGGCCACGUGCGCUUCCCGCUCAUGCGCUCCUCGGACCUGGUGGACAGCGUGCAGACGGUGGGCAUCAUGGUGGAGGACGUGCUGUGCCGGCAGUACCUGCUGGAGGCCUUCAACUACCAGAUCCUGCCCUUCCGCCAGCACGAGAUGCAGUCGGCCCGCACGCUGGUCCGCUCGGACGUGCCGUCGCUCGUCACCUUCGGCGGCACGCCCUACACGGACAACGACCGCACGGUGAGCGCCAAGGUGUACCACCUGCCCGACCCCGCCUCCCGCCAGUUCAAGGAGCUGACGGAGAUGGAGGCGGGCGUCAGCCACGCCUGCGUGGCCGUCAUGGACAACUUUGUGUACGUGGUGGGCGGGCAGCACCUGCAGUACCGCAGCGGCGAGGGCGCCAUGGACUGCUGCUUCCGCUACGACCCGCACCUCAACACGUGGCUGCGCAUCGCCGCCAUGCAGGAGGGCCGCAUCCAGUUCCAGCUCAACGUGCUGCAGGGCGUGCUCUACGCCACCGGGGGGCGCAACCGCACCGGCAGCCUCUCCUCGGUGGAGUGCUACUGCCCGAAGAAGAACGAGUGGAGCAAGGUGGAGCCGCUGAAGCGCCGCAUCUGGGGCCACGCCGGCGGCUGCCUGGGGGACAAGCUGUACGUCUCCGGGGGCUACGGGGUGUCGCUGGAGGACAAGAAGACCCUGCACUGCUACGACCCCGUGGCCGACCAGUGGGAGUUCAGGGCCCCCAUGAACGAGCCCCGGGUGCUGCACGCCAUGAUCGGCGCCAAGGACCGGCUGUACGCCAUGGGGGGCCGCAUGGACCACGUGGACCGCUGCUUCGACGUGCUGGCCGUGGAGUACUACCUGCCGCUCAGCGACCAGUGGACCACCGUCAGCCCCAUGCGCGUGGGCCAGUCCGAGUCUGGCUGCUGCUUGCUCAACGGCAAGAUGUACGUGGUGGGCGGGUACAAUUGGCACCUGAACAACGUGACGAGCAUCGUGCAGGUGUACAACCCCGACACCGACGAGUGGGAGAGGGACCUGCACUUCCCGGAGUCCUUUGCGGGCGUCGCCUGCACGCCCGUCAUACUGCCUCAGACUCCCGCGCAGCGCUGACGUGUCUGAAAGAGGGGAUGAACGGGUUGCUGUGGCGACCGGAUCUCUAGGUGCUCUCGUGACCGGCUCCUGUUACUACUAGCCGCUACUACGGUGCUCCUGAUUCUGUGUGUGUUUUGAGGAUAAUGACUAUAGGACAGACCGAUGGUUCUCUAUAGCACAGGUGGAGUACUAUUUACCAGGCCUUUGGCUGACAAACAGGAAUGUAAAAGCAUUGAGGUAUUAUUUUGGUUCCAUGAGGUAUUAUUUUGGUUCCAUGUCUGUCCUUGCUUGGGGGAGUUUGUUAAUGUGCUGCAGAGAGAGUGACCCACUUACACUGGAGCUGGGGCUGCUGCUGCCAGUAUGCCUACGCCCAUACAGUUUAAUCAGCCACUCAUCCUACCCCUUCCCGCUACGCUGGCACAAGAUGCAGCUCAAAUGAUGGGUCCUUUUUAUGAGAAGGAGGGAGAGAGGGAGAGAGAAGGAGGGGGGGAGAUAUGGAGAGGGAGAGAGAGAGAGAGUGGGAGGGAGGGACAGAGAGAGAGGGAGAGGAAAAUAGGACGUUACUAAAGGGGCAUGUGCAAAACACAGAGGUCGAACAGACAUUGGAUGAGGGCGGGGAUGGUCUCCUGUUAUCUCCUUCGUUCUUAUCUGGAGGUUAAGAGGAAGAUGUGUUUCAGCGAGCGAAUGGACAGGGAGCAGACCCAGAGGCCUACGGGUAGUUUCAGCCCUGACAAAGGCUGGUUGUUGUUGAACAGGAACGGAGAUUGGAUCUCUAGUGGAGAACUGAAGCAGGAGGGGAGAGAGGAGAUCGUCCAUAUAAUUUAACGGUCUUCCCCCAGCACUGUUUUUACAUAGUUUCAAUAUUUCAUGAAACAAAGGUAUUAUUUGUUUAGUUCUGCUUCAAUUAAUUGUGAGAAAUACGUACAGAAAACAUUGACACUCGAUUUUCAGUUCACAAACCGGUACUGUGAUUUAUACUGACACAGCACCACAUGUCUUCCGGACGGCCCAGGUCUGUUACAGUACCAUGGAGAACCGAAUGGACUGCGUCUUGGCAGUCGAUUCAGACGUUUAAUAGUAAUAAUCAUAGAUUCACGGAAGAUCUGUCAGCAGCCAGCCGGUUCAAUAGUUUCAUUGUCCUACAUGUGACUGUAGGCAAUAUCGGAUGCCUUAUCAGUACAGGUCAGGACAGGAUAUGACAUCACAGAGACCCAUGGGGGAGAGGUUCUGCUGGUCCAGCUUAAGGGGCUCUUGCACACACACUGGUACUACUUCAUUACUUUACUUAUUUUAUGGUGAAGUAGUUGUAUGAUUAUUUCAUUCAAACCCGUUAUUCAUAAUCCUUCCUGGGAUAGAUGUUAUUUUUUAUUAUGGUAUUAUUGUGUUUUAUAUUUUAUAUGAUUAAAGGUUUGAUAGCUUUCUUAAUUUAAAUACUGAUGGAACCUUUCUUCAGUUUUACAGAAUUAUGUUUCCUUCGGCCUCUUCUUGGCCCUCAGCAGGCCACUGACCGUUGUAAAGUGUUUUGCUAACGUCUAUAUAAUGAACCACUGUUACAGUGGCUUCCUUGCAUCCCACUUUAAGUAAUCAACUAUCGGGGUUGACCACACGCAGUCCAAACACUAAGCAACCGCCGAUCCAAAGGUUAAAGGAUAUUAACGAAGAUAUUCUUCAAUGACUUUCAAUUACUUUCUGCUUGAUUUAUCAAUAAUAAGGCUGUAUACUUUCUCUGAUUUGCAUUAAAAGCCGUAAGCACACUGAAAUACUUAAACUUUCAUAUUUAACGGUAUUUAACAUGGCAUGUUUGUACAGCGCUCUAUAUAAAACACUUUAUAAUACAUUUACCUUGACGUUUGAGUUGCAAGAGAAAGCGUGUGAAAUGUAUCAGCAUAGCUGGUUCUAUAUAGCUUUGUUCACUACCUAGUAUUCUGGGGAUUUAUUUAUUCAGUUUUAUUUGAUUGUUAUCAACUUUAUGUUAUUCUUUUUGUGGGGAGGGGGGGAUAGUUGAUACAUUUAGUAUUUAUUUCAUUGAUCCAAUCGUUUUCUUACAGACGUCUGCGUCAAGGGAUAAACCUAAAUAUUUUGGCCAACCUAAUUCAAUAUAUUUCCUUUUUGUUUAUACUAUAAACUCUCAUGUGUGAUGGACAACUAAAUCGAAAUACUUAAAAAUACCCAUAACAUGCAGAGGGAUGUUUGCACACACCAAAUAUCUUGUAAGGAAAAUUUUAAUUAUAAAAAUACAUCUCAAAGUUUGCUGAUAAACUCGGUCUUGGAAAGACAUGACCCUAAAUAAUAUCAGAUUUUACGUACAUUUUCGGAUGACUUUCAGUUUGCUUGCUAGCUAUUUGCUGUUUGCUUGGGGCAUUAUAUAUUUUUUCUUAUAAGCACUUACCUUGAGGCAUGAUACUGUAUCUCAUGUUGUUAUGGGCCCUGGCAUACCCAAAGACCCAUAAUUCACUUCAUGAGUCACAGCUGUAUCGCACCUCUCAGCUACUAUUGCACCUCUCAGAUACAAGGUGAAUGCGUUCUCAUUUUUUUAAUGAGAGAAAGUUAUUUUAUGUGGUGGAUUUUGUAAUGUUCCUUUUAAUGUACUGAUUUUGCAGUGCAAAGGUCGUUCAGCACUAACUAUUUCCGGUUUGACUUUUUUAAACGGUUUUACUAUCUCAACACAAUAGUUUGUUUAUAUUAAAAUCCACUCUUAUUACCAACCUGGCAAGCCAGAGCAAAUUUGUGUGUGUGUGUGUGUGUGUGUGUGUGUGUGUGUGUGUGUGUGUGUGUGUGUGUGUGUGUGUGUGUGUGUGUGUGUGUGUGUGUGUGUGUGUGUGUGUGUGUGUGUGUGUGUGUGUGUGUGCCCCCGCACACAAGAGAGAAACAAAUAUCAUUUCCAGCACACCCAUCUUCUCAGUAUUUGUCUCUUGGCCGCCGGAUGUAUUUUGCAUCAAGGUCAUGCUGACCAAAAAAUCCCCAGACCUAAGCAGAACGAGUCAUGGAGGGUUUUGUAAAGAUGUUGUAGUGCAGUGCUGCACUUCAGGAAGCAUUAAACACGAGUCGAUUUGUCUGAAUCUGCUGCCAACUCAAAAGUGGUUUCUAUAUAAAGCACAUUACAGGGUAGACCUGAGUGUGCAUUUUUCUUAAACAAUACAGUGUAUGAUGCCGGUAUCAGUAUGCCACACUACCCUUUUUCAUGAAUUCACCUGUUUGCCUUGGUGUACUCUUAUCUUGUUUUGUGUCCUCAUCUUAAAAAGCACCUAUCAUUUAAGUGCAUUAUGAAGAGAUCCGUAAACCAACAGAGAAUGUAGCCUCUCAUGUCACUGUAUAUCCAUCCUUUUAUUAAAGGUGUUCAGUGUCCUUAUAAA